AUGGCACAUUUUCGAGGGCAGUGCCGAUGCCGGGUUCCCCCUCUUUAACUCUGCUCUCGGGGAGGAGAAGAGGUUGGGAGGAGGGAAAUAGCACAGGAGCUCAGUGAGUGAAUGAAGACGGCUGGGAGCAAGACAUAAACAAUAAUGUGGACAGCGCUCUACGGAUAAGUACACCUCAGACAAACCCAUGGACCUGGCAGUCGCCUGGACUCUCUACGGGUUGAGCAAUGGAUCUUCCUGUGUCAGAUAGCUCUGCCGGUCCAGACGAGAUGGAGCGUGUAGGCAGGAAUAAAGUGGAACAGGGGAGACAAGUGCACCAGGUGUUACAGAGCACUCCUUUGGACCUCCUCGAGAAAGGCAAAUCCCUGAAAGUCCAGGCAGAGCGCCCCCACCUGGUUAGUCUGGGGAGUGGACGCUUGAGCACAGCCAUCACCCUGCUACCUCUGCUGGAAGGGAGAACCACGCUGGGCAGCGGGGAGACAGACAUCCCUCUGCAGGGCCACGGCAUCGCAGAUCACCACUGCUACAUUGAAAACCAAGCGGACAGCAUCACUUUGUACCCAUGUGGAAACCAGUGCUGUGUGGAUGGCCUUCCCAUCACCAAACCCUUUCGCCUGACGCAAGGGUGCAUGCUGUGCUUUGGCCAGUCGGUCUUUUUCCGCUUCAACCAUCCAGAGGAGGCGCUGCGAAUGAAAAGCAUGCUGCCUGGAGGGAGCCAAGGGUCGAGCACCACAAGAACUCACCCUACAGGCUCUCUAAGUGUCCUAAAUGGGAACCAUCAGGCUUUUUCUAGCAACGGCGACUCCGAAAUCAGCAACAUGACAAAGAACCUGCAAGACUCUUUAUUGCUGAAGGCUGGGUCUGGCAAACGGCUUAUUCCUCAGCCCUCUCCUCCAAACAUGCCCAAUGGGAGAAAUGGCUCCGCGGCCGAGGAUUCCAUUUAUGAAAACAGCAGCAGCUUUCUAGGCCAUAACCUCGGGAGCGAAACCCCUCCAGUACCAGUGCGAUCCGCUCAUACCGGACAUACUCCUGUCCCCCAUCCACGGAUAUCACUCUCUGUGGCCUCAAGCGGUACGAGUGGUGCUUGGUGGGUCAAAGAGAGCCCAAAGCUCCUUAGGAGUGCAAAAGCAGAGGCCACGUCGAGCCCAUCACCGCCUAACGGGGGGUCAGGACAGGGCCCUGUCAAACGUUCCCCAACAGCUCCAUCCAGCCCUCGAGUAGGAGGUACUAUCCUGCAGAAGAGACCCCCUAGUCCUCUGCGAGAUCAGCAUCUCCAUAAUGUUGAAGUCCCUCAAAGGCUCAGGACUCCAGAGCCGAUCGGGUCCACCAGCCUGAGAGAGCUUCCACCUCUCAGCCCUUACAUGUCCCGCAGAGCGCCUCCAGGAUCGCAGGGACACCUCAAAAUCACAGCUACUUCAAAAGAAGAAGCCUCGAAGGGAAUGUAUUCCCAAGGUGUAUCAUCACCUUCUGGGCUGGAGAAGGAGUCCUCAGGCAAGCAGUCACGGUCUGGCCCAGGAGGCGCCAUCCUGUCAGGCCUGGGUUCUUUGUCUGGUUUAUCUCCUCUUGCUAGCCCUCGUAGCAAUAGGAAGACCUCCUGCAUGAACAUGAAGGGAUCCACCAGCAAAGAACAGAGUCUUGUGAAACCCCACACCCGCGAACGCAAAAAUAGCAUCUCUGAGAUCAGUGACAAUGAGGACGAGUUGCUGGAAUACCACCGCUGGCAGAGAGAGGAGAGGAUGCGAGAGCAGGAAAUGGAGAAACUGGAGCGACAGAGGCUGGAGACCAUCCUCAAUCUGUGCUCAGGCUUCAAUCAGCAGGACAGUGCUGAGGUGGGGAGGAGUGGGCUGUUGGGGGGCGCCAGAGGAGCCCGCUCGGACUCAGCGGGGGGGAUGUCCCUUGAGGGAGUAGACAGACCCCAGAGGCUGAGAGAGAACGAUGAAGAAACCCAGAGAGAGGAGUCCAGCAGCACAGAGAGCACACACCAGGAGUUUGAAGAGCUUUCAGCCGGUGCGGAGCAGGUCUGCUUAGAGGAGGAGAGGAGCAGGAUCUUGGCCAGGGUUGAUGACUUGAAACACAGAGUCAGUGAACUGGAGCUGCAGCUACAAGAGACCAAAACAGAGGUGGAGAUGGAGCAGGCCCUGCUGCAGGCAGAGAGGCGGGCAGAGGAGCAGCAGGUGGAGGCUGAAAAUGAAAUGAUCUCUCAGCUGCAGCUCAAACUCAGCCAGCUGGACAAGGCCACCCAGAGGGAGAAGGACAAGGGGAGGGCUAAUGUGUCGGCUGAGCGGAAGGCCCUGGGAAAGCAGAGGAAUGAGUACAAUGAGCUGAAGAGGCAGUUUGAUAAGUGCCCCUUGUCUCUCAGGGGAAGGUUACAGGAGCAGCUCAGCAGGACAUCUGAAGCUCUGGAGUCUGGGACCAAGCAGUUUGAGGAGCUUGAGUUCUGCCAACUGGAGGAGGAGAGCAGCUUGGAGGAGAAGAAGGAGACUCAAAGCUUGCAGCUUCACCAGGAGCGAGCGGAGUAUCACUGCAGCGUGGCCAAGAGGAAGGAGAAGAUGACUGCUAUUGAAGCACAGGCGAAGCAGUUGGGGCUGCAGGCGGCUCAGGACUGUGAGAGGAUGGCUAAGGACCGGACGAUGACGUUGCAGCAGCUACACAAGGAGCAAGAGAGGUUGUGUGCCCUGGAGAAGAGGUACCACACCGUAACAGGCGGGAGAAGCUUCCCGAAGCCCCACAGCAGCAUGAAAGAGGAAUUUCUACACAUCAGCGAACCUGACCUUGUUUAUGCGGAUGGUCCUCCUCAUAGCCCCUCUCCCUCCUCUGCCUCCUCCUCCUCCGUUCACAUGCCCUCUCCUGACCUUUAUCCUGUUAGGCCACAAGAGGAAUACCUCAGGCUCUCUGAUAUCUAUAGGAUGUAUGGAAAUGCUUCCAUGCAGCCUGACUCAUCCUCUCCUGCUGCUCUCCACUGCUUCUCCUUCGCUGUAGGUCCGGCUCUGCCGUGCGAGGAGUACAUCACAGUCAGUCAGUUAAGCCAGAUCUUCGGGAUGCAGAGAGUUGACCCCUCCUCCUCUUCCUCCUCUAUUCCAUCAUUCCAAAUUGCCUCUUCUGAAUCCACCUUCUCGUGCCACUCAGCUGCAUGUGGUCCUUCCCCUUUUCUCUCCGCCCAGAGUCAGCCUGAGCUGAGCAGGAAUGCAAUGUCUCCUAUUAACCUCGAGCGCUGGUACCAGGACAUCAUGGCCGCUGGAGAACCUCAGUCAUGUCCACCACCACUGCCCGCCAAGUCUCUUUCCACACGCAGGCACAGUCAGCUAUUGAGGUCCAAAUCGGACGCUGGGGUUGCACAGGCAACAUCAUGCACACUGCCGAGCUCCAGUGGUGCUGCUCAUGAGAAACACGCAUCCACCAAGGGGUUACAGUUGAUGCUGAGAGAGAUGUCCCACACCUUAGACACGGACUCUCGGAGACGGUUGGCUCUGCAGAGCAAAGAUCUGUCUCCCACCGUCCAUCGCUCCAUCUUGCAUCAUCAGGCGCCGCCGAGUGGCAACCAAGCGUACGACACCCUGAGCCUGGAGAGCUCCGACAGCAUGGAGACCAGCGUCUCCACUGGCAACUCUGCCUGUACCCCAGAAAGUGCCUCCGGGUUUGAGGCCCAGAGAAUAGAGGAGAUGGAGAAGAUGUUGAAGGAGGCGCAGCAGGAGAAAGCCAGACUGAUGGAGAACCGGGAGAGGGAGGUGCAGGCUCGGCGGCAGAUGUUGGAGGAGGAGCGCAGGAGGCGGGAGGAGGCCGAGAGGAGGCUUCACGACGAGACGGCCCACAGGCUGAGGCUGGUGGAGGAGGAGGUGAAGAUGAGAGAGAAACACUUCUCCCAGGCCCGUCCGAUGACGCGCUACCUGCCCAACCGCAAGGAGGAGUUUGACCUGCGGGCCCACGUGGAGUCGUCCGGCCACAGCGUGGACACCUGCCCCUUCGUCAUCCUCACGGAGAAGAUGUGCAAGGGCCACCUGGUGAAGAUGGGCGGCAAAAUCAAGUCGUGGAAGAAGCGCUGGUUCGUUUUCGACCGCAUCAAGAGGAACUUCUGUUACUACGCAGAUAAGCAUGAGACCAAACUGAAAGGACUCAUUUACUUCCAGGCAAUUGAAGAGGUUUAUUACGAUCACCUACGCAGUGCAACAAAGAGCCCAAAUCCAUCUUUAACCUUCUGUGUGAAAACCCACGACCGCCUCUACUACGUGGUGGCCCCUUCCGCGGAAGCCAUGAGGAUCUGGAUGGAUGUCAUAGUAACGGGCGCCGAGGGCUACACGCAGUUCAUGAGCUGAGGGACCACGAGGCGACGGGCCGCGGGGAUGACAGGGACUAAGUGAGAAACGCAGACACCUGCCAGCCAACCUGUGCUGCUACCUGCCGGGGACAGAGCUGAAAUGCAACACACACACACACACACACACACACACACACACACACACACAUGGCCUGCUGGUGUGCAAAUGGAUGGACGUUUGAAGUGAUUAACAAUCCGAGGCUCUCGUAAAAAGUCUGAUUCCUACAAGAACAGGAGGGUUGUAAUGAGAUGGGUCCAUUUUACGGAAUUUAAAAGCUGUGUUUACCUUUCAGCCACUAUGAGAAGGAAAAGAGUUUGAGCGACGUGUUCAUGGAUUUACUAGGGAAAUUUCUCAGAGUUACCAAAACAUAUUGUUAAUAUUAUGUUUAGAGGUUUCAGGUAGAACAGUUGUUAAUCCAUAUAAAUGUAAACUGUGUCCACAUUGAAGCCAAUCUCUGCAUGCAGUGUUUUCACUCCAAUCGUUGCCCCUCCCCCCCCCCCACACACACACACCUUUUCGGUACAGUUGUACUUUUCUUUUGAGUUUAACUUUUCUCAGAUGAAAGAAAUAUCUCUUCACAUUUCAAAACACUAAAAGGUUAACAGAGUAGUAGUAUCAAAUAUUCUAAAAACAUUGUAAAUGUUAAUUGUUCAGUCAAACAAUACUUGGAGCCAAAUACUUGUAAUGUUUUGUUGGAUUUUUACUACAUAAAUGUUGAUAUCACACUA